AUGGUCUUUCGGAUCCUCAUUCUCGCAUGGCGCAAACAUGGCAUGGCACCAGAAGAAUUCAAGAACCACUAUGACAACGUCCAUGUUCCGCUUGUCAGGGAAUUGACCGGCCCACUGUUCCCUCUUUCCCACCGAAGAUCAUAUAUCAAACGGUCACAACACCAGAAUGGCACAUAUCCUGCUGCUGUUAUUCAAGGCAACCAAGAAGACUUUGGGUUCGACUGUGUUGCGGAAUUGGCAUACGAAGAUGAGGCGCAUUUCCAGGCAAGUGGCGCUGCGCUCAGUACACCUGAGGCAGGAAAGAGGAUCUACGAGGACUGUGUCCAGUUCAUGGAUAUGUCAAAAGCACAGAUCGUCGUCUUGGGGGAUGUAGAAGAGGCUAUGAAAUAG